UGUCGUGGCACACACGAAAGCUCGAUUAUUUCCAAUAAAUUGUUGUUCGUCAUUAACCACAAUCGACAACUUGACGGUUUUUUUACAAUUGGAAAAUUCAUAAAUAUAAGUAUCGAUAUUAUUGUUGCAAAGUGUUGAUCCGUUAUAAUGAGUGACCAUAAGGCUUUUUUGCCUUAUUUUUACAACGAUGAUAAUGGAUAACCUGCGUCAUGUUGAGUGAAAUAGCUAGACCAAACUUACUGCUUUUCUGAACAACUUUGAGUCUUUUCUGGGUAACGCAACCUCAGUUUCCGUCCCUGAAAUUUCGUAAUGAUUCUUUUCAUCCAGCACAAGUGAACACAACUCCAUUCUCUCUUUGCAUUGUAUUCAAGUUAUCAGAACUGAGAUAGUACGAAGUAAAGAUGGAGCAGCUAGGGGAAGGUCAGACAGUUGUAGUUGGAGGUGCUGGUGGAACAGCUCUCCAGGUAGUUCAAAUGGGUCAGGGUGGCCAGGCUAUGAUGCUCCCACAAACAAUUCAGGUUGCAGCGCCAAAUGGACAGAUUCAAAUGAUGACAUCACUCGCUGGGGCAGGACAACAGAUUGUUAUUCAACAACCACAGACACCACAGAUUAUACAGACCCCAGAUGGACAAACUUAUAUCUAUCAACCCGUUCAAUUAGAGGGGCAGGUUCAACAGGCACAACCUACAGUUAUAAAUGUCAAUGGCACGUUGAUGCAAAUUGCCGGAGCCACGACACAAGGGACGACAGCAACUACCGCAGCUCCAGUGCAACCAAUGUCGAGUCCAACAGCAGCAGCACCUCAGGCAGGAAAUAUUGUUAUGGUGAAUACGUUCAGAAAGUCUCUUUCACUUGCUUAGUCUGUGUACCAUGAUAUACUGGCUAGUAGUGAUAACAGAGCGACAUUAGUGACAGAAUGCAACGGCAUUUAUUUACCCUGCAUCAUUCUUUAUUUUCUAAUAAUCUGGCUAAUUUGUUCGUGAGCUUUUCAAUCUUUCGGUACUAAAUGAGUUUUAAUGGACACUUUCAAUUUCUUCAUAAAUCAAUAACUCAUUGCAUUUUUAAGGACGUCAAGUAUUCCUCUUUCUGUGGAAAAUACUCUUCCUCUCUUGGUAAUGAGUCCAGGCUGAGUUGGAUUGACGACUUAGUUUUUUAGUUAUGGGUAGUUUCAUAAAAGUUCAGAGUGUCGAUUAAGUCCUUCUUUCCUCUGAAUAGGUGAGCAAAUCCACCAAUUCUGCAUAUAAAAAAUUGCUGCAAAAUUUUACAUUAAAACAAAAAUUUUUAUAGAAAAGUAUAGUCCAAAAGAAGAAAAAUAAGCACAACCGCAACUCUGUAACUCAAUAAUUGGCGGAGAUAUUGAAGAUUGAAUUUUUUUUUCAAAUGUAAU